UGGAGCCUGCGGCGACUGCACCCAAGCGGGAUCGGGCAGCGGAGGUCCCGUUGCAUCUGCCUUCUUCCUCCCCGCACGCAUACACGCAUACACGCUCACCCGACCCGCAUCUGCGGGUCUCCGGACGGGACGAUGACCUCCACCUUGCAAAGCGUCCCCGGGCGAGCGCCGCGCUGGAGCCGGGCGAGCGCGGCGAAGAGGGCAGCCGCCUUGCUGGCGGCGGCGUACGGGCUGAAAAUCCUCUGGCCGCUGGUUUGCAAGCGGCUGCGGCGGGCAGGGGGGGCGCAGAGGGCUGAGCCCCGCCUGGCAUGGGAUGCAGCUGCGACAGAAGAAGAGGAGGAGGAGGAGAAGGAGGCGGCGGCGGGCUCGGGCUCGGGGUCAUUGUCGUUGCAUCGCUCCGGGCCGGCUGCCGGCCGAGCGUCGCCGGCAGCCAAUGCGGAAUUCCUCCGGCAGCUGCUGGCGCUGCGCAAGAUCUUCUUCCCGCGGCUGGUGAGCCCCGAGAGCGGCUGGCUGUGCUUGCACUCGGUGGCGCUGGUCUCCCGCACCUUCCUCUCCAUCUACGUGGCCGGCCUGGACGGGCAGAUCGUGAAGAGCAUCGUGGAGAAGCGACCGCGCAGCUUCGGCUGCAAGUUGCUCAAGUGGCUGCUGGUGGCCAUCCCGGCCACUUUCGUCAACAGCGCCAUCCGCUACCUGGAGUGCAAGCUGGCCUUGGCCUGCCGUACCCGCCUGGUGGAUCACGCCUACCAGACCUACUUCGACCACCAGACCUACUACAAGGUGACCAACAUGGACGGCAGGCUGGCCAACCCGGACCAGUCGCUCACCGAGGACAUCAUGAUGUUCUCCCAGUCCGUGGCUCACCUCUACUCCAACUUGACCAAGCCCAUCCUGGACGUAGCACUCACCUCCUACACGCUCAUCCGGACGGCCCAGGCCAGGGGUGCCAGCCCUGUGGGACCCACGCUGCUGGCUGGCCUGGUGGUCUACUCCACGGCUAAAGUGCUGAGAGCCUGUUCACCCAAAUUUGGCAAGCUGGUGGCCGAGGAGGCCCACCGGAAGGGCUACCUGCGCUAUCUCCACUCGCGGAUCAUUGCCAACGGGGAAGAGAUUGCCUUUUACAGAGGGCACAAGGUUGAAAUGCACCAAGUUCAGAAAAGUUACCAAGCUCUGGAAGAGCAGAUGAACAUCAUUUUGUCCAAGCGUUUGUGGUACAUCAUGCUUGAGCAGUUCCUGAUGAAAUACGUCUGGAGUAGCAGUGGCUUGAUUAUGGUGGCGGUCCCUAUUAUCACCGCAAAAGGAUUUGCUGAUGGUGAUUUGGACAAUGGCCAGAAACAAGCCAUGGUGAGCGAACGAACGGAAACCUUUACUACCUCACGAAAUUUGUUAGUUUCUGGAGCCGAUGCCAUUGAACGGAUCAUAUCUUCCUACAAAGAGAUUGCAGAAUUAGCCGGCUACACUGCCCGUGUUUACAAUAUGUUUUCAGUUUUCGAUGAAGUAAAAAGGGGCAUUUACAAAAUGUCAAACCUUACUCCAGAACGGGAAAACAGCAACAAGAAAAGGAAUAAAGCCAAACAAUGCAUUAAUGGCCCUUUAGAAAUCAAAGGAAAAGUAAUAGAUAUUGAUCAUGGGAUUAUCUGUGAAAAUGUCCCUAUAAUUACCCCAAAUGGAGAUGUGGUGGUUUCCAAGCUAAACUUCAAAGUUGAGGAAGGCAUGCAUCUCCUAAUUGCCGGUCCCAAUGGUUGUGGGAAGAGCUCGCUUUUCAGGAUUCUAAGUGGCUUGUGGCCCGUCUACGAAGGGGUUCUUUACAAACCACCUCCUCAGCAUAUGUUCUACAUUCCACAAAGGCCUUACAUGUCCCUGGGAACGCUACGGGAUCAAGUCAUCUAUCCUGAUUCAGUGGAUGACAUGCAUGAGAAAGGAUACCAAGACCUGGACCUAGAAUUUAUCCUACAGAUAGUUCAUCUGAAUCAUAUUAUUCAGAGAGAGGGAGGUUGGAACACUGUGAUCGAUUGGAAAGACGUCCUGUCUGGAGGAGAGAAGCAGAGAAUGGGGAUGGCUCGGAUGUUUUAUCACAGGCCGAAAUACGCGUUGCUAGAUGAAUGUACCAGCGCCGUCAGCGUUGACGUGGAAGGAAAAAUUUUCCAGGCUGCAAAAAGUGCCGGCAUAUCCCUGCUUUCAAUAACUCACAGGCUGUCUCUUUGGAAGUACCACACGCACUUGCUCCAGUUUGACGGAGAAGGAGGCUGGCGUUUCGAACAGUUGGACGCCGCUAUCCGCUUAACUCUGAGUGAGGAGAAGCAGAGACUUGAAUCGCAACUGGCGGGGAUGCCAAAAAUGCAGCAAAGACUGAAUGAACUUUGCAAAACCCUAGGGGAAGAUUCUGUGUUUAAAACAGUGGAUCAAGGAGAAUAAACCCUUUAGGAUUCUCCCCCUGCCCACAAUUUUUUUUAAAGUAUAUAUAUGUAUAUGUUUUCUGAGGUUUUUGCGGGUGUUUGUAUGUAGGUUUUUGGUUAUUCGGGUUUUCUCCCGCGUAAAAUUGGAAGUG